CCUUGCUCAUGUGACUCGAGUGUUUGUGUACUGUGCUGGAAUAGCUGGUUACUUGCUGAAAUUACAACGAAAUACAACUGUAACAAGAUGGCAAUGACUCUGGCAUACUGGGAUAUCAGAGGGCUUGGUCAGCCAAUCCGCCUGCUGCUGGAGUACACAGGGGCAAAAUAUGAGGAUAAAUUAUAUCCUUGCAGCGAAGGAAGUUGCUGGUUUGACAACAAGUUCAAACUUGGCUUGGAUUUCCCCAAUUUGCCUUAUCUCUUGGAUGGAGACAGGAAAUUAGUCCAAAGCAAUGCCAUCCUGAGAUACAUUGCUCGAAAACAUAACCUUUGUGGAGAGACGGAGGAUGAGAAAGUUCGGGUGGACAUCCUUGAAAAUCAGGCAGUAGACUUCCGAACGAACCAUAUCAAGCUCUGCUAUGAUACAGAAUAUGAGAAACUGAAGCCUGAAUACUUGAAAAAGCUCCCUGAAACCCUGAAGCAAUUUUCUGAUUUUUUGGGAGAUAGGAAAUGGUUUGCUGGAGAUAAGAUUACCUUUGUGGACUUUCUCAUGUAUGAGGUUUUGGAUGAACACCGUGUGUUUGAGCCCAAAUGCCUGGAUAAGUUCAAGAACCUUCAGCACUUUCUGGACCAUUUUGAGGGGCUUGAAAAGAUAGCAGCGUACAUGAAAUCAAGCAGGUACAUGAAGACUCCCUUUUUCAGUCCAGAUGCGAAGUGGGGCGACAAGUAAGAGUGAAACUAAGAAGACAAAAAGGGCAUAGGGCGCUCAGGAGUCUUUAGAUUUGUACUCAGGUGCUCUUCUGCUACGGGUGAGGUGAGAAUCCAAAGGAUCAUGCCCUGAUGAAGGCCACUAUGGCCAUAAUGUGUAGGCCCAUGUGCUUUUACAAAAACAGUGCUUGCCAUGUAAUAUUAAGGCUUUUUAUAUUUUCUAAAUCAAAGAACGAAACUUCUUCGAAAAACAAGGAUGUCCUGUUAAGACAUCACAGUGUUUUACCUCUGGAAAUUGUACUGUGAAACAGUUACUGUAAGAGCAAUCCUCUGACUUAAUAAAAGCAGACAUCUCUUCAGAA